CCAUCUCUCUCUCCUCCUCCCUGCGGAGCCAGCCUCCUCUCCCUCUCUCCAGACGCCCGGUGCAGCUGCCCUACCUGCCGGCGUUCCACUGCCCCGUCACGACCCUCUCCCUGUCCAGCCUGCAGCCUGUACAGCUGGCUGUCCUGGGCUCCAAGGACAUGCUGUCUGCUCUCAGGUUUCAUAGUGAAAGUCCCUUCUUACUGCUGUCUGAGCCUAGCCAAUCAGAACAUGACUCCGUCCUCCUUGUGCUGUCCAUCGAUCCCUCCACUUCCUGGAUGGAGGGGCAGGGUCUGCCCCGCCCCGUCAACGUCACCGUCUACAACCGUCUGACUCCACAGACACACGUCGUCACGGUGACCUUUGUGACGGACAACCGUGUGGAGAAAGGAGGAACUGAUUUGAUCCGUCUGGAGUCAGGUCCCCUUCUCCAGCUCGUGGAUUUCCAGCUUAUCUUGACGUUUGCCGUGUUUGCAGUUCUUGUCACCACUGCUGCCUUGUUCAUAGUGUACAACACCAUCCUGUCACGCCUACAGACGGGCCCUGUGGUCUACAUGCCCAGCAGCCCUCCGGCCACCUCAGUGGCUCCCUGCAGGCAGACGGUGUGCUUCUCUCCCUGGAUCAGGAUGUCAUCAGCAGGCGCUGACAGGGCCGUGCGCAGACGCCACUGGCUCUGGAGCAGCAGAUGAGCUGUCAGGAACAGGCCGUCAGGAACCACACACAGCCUUCUACCUGGAUUAAACAUGUCUACUUCAGCACUCCCAACACUGUCUAGAUUCACUCUGAGGCCUUAGGCAUGUCAGCACAGAGACACCUCAAAGCCAAAUAAAUGUCUAGGCCUUUAUGUGAUUAAGUCUCCAAAAGAGAAUCACUCCCCCCCCCCCCGGUGAUGGACCUGUUUCCAUGCCGACCAUCUGCCAGACCACCAACACCGACCUGCUACUGAUCAGUGAUCAGAUAUACUGGGCCUCAAGUCCUUAUCAGACGCUCAGGAUAAACAAAAUCACACACAGACACAGAAUUCUUUAACGAAAAGAAACUAAACUUUUUUUAAUAAGAGAGAAGGACAGGUGGAGGAGAGCUGCAGUGUCGUCUCACAUGGCUAGGGAUAUUUGUGUUCACACACACUCCCUUUCCCUUCUUCCUUCAGUUUCCA